CGUCGAGCAAGGGAGGGCCAAGCCUUCGUACGGAGCACGCACACGCGUGGCAGACGAGUCCUAACACCGGACCUUACGGCACGCCAUCGCUGCGGCCGGCGCGCUAGUUUCCGGGCGCUGCACAUAUCACAUUGCUCGCAGCGCUGCGCAACGCGACGCAAUGUCCAGCCAGCCAUGGGGCGACAAGCGCUGGAGUAGGGAAACGAAGAGGCGCCGCCUGGCCCAAGCGAGGGCCGUCAUGGACCAGAUCGACGAGAAGUACAAGACGAAGGAGGAGGAGCAGUACCUCGACCCCGACAAGGGCUUCGCGGAACUGCGGGAUCCUACCGCUCCCAGACCGAUCGCCGACGACAAGGACGCCAUCAAGUCCUUUAAGGGAGACUUUGCGUUUCUGGCGCCGGACGCGAAAUGUCGAGUCGCCGUGCCGUCGGCGUUCGGGCCCGUCGCGCUCGACGACGACGUGCCCCCCGAUUCAAAGCCGUAUCCUUCCCUAGAGCACGCGUUCCAGGCCGUGCGGUCCGGCGACGGUGUUUCUGUGAGAGCGUGCGCGACGGCGCGCGACGCCAAGCGCGUCGGCGCCAAAGCAUUCAAAAAAAGGAGUGAUCAAGACGCGUUCCGCGAGAAGGCCGUCGACGUCAUGGAUGCGUUGGUGAGGGACCGCUUCGUGCGGGCCGACCGCGACGCUCUGUGCGCCACGGGGACGCGGCGGCUCCGCCACGGCAACGACUUCGGCGACGGCUACUGGGGCCUCAAGGGCGACGGUUCCGGAAGGAACGAAUUAGGAAAAGCAUUGGAGCGGUGCCGCGAUUUGUGUCAGAACGAAAAAAACUUUUGGCUCGCGUGGUGUUCUGAUAGAGUCUCGAACAUAGAUGAGAGAGACAGCGCCUUCGACGCGUGCUGGCGGCGAGAGGGCGACCAGAAGCUCCAGAUGCUGCCUGCCGUUGAGGAGGCGCUUUCCCUCGUCCUGGGCCGCCGCGAGGACUCGCCGCUGCCGUUGGAUCAUGCGUCCAUCUCGCGCUUCCACGCGUGUGCUGUCAACGCGUGUCCUGGCACGGAAGAAUACGCCCUGGUGGACCUCGGGUCGUCUCAUGGGACCUUCGUGCACCGCAAGGGCCGCUCGCCGAAAAGGCUCGAACCGUUUGUGUUCUAUAGAUUGUCAAAGCGCGACGAGGUCCAGUUCGGGGCGUCUUCCAAAAGAUUUAGGUUGGUCGCGGACUGUGAGAGGCGGCGGCGCAAGGCGGAGCGGCUGGCGGGGCGCAUGGCGGCGGCGCCGGACGACGAGCAGCAGCGAACAAUUGUGGUACGGUCUCUGGCUUAUGAAGCCGACGAGGCCGACGUGAAAAAGCUGUUCCGCCACAUCCCCGACGUCGUCGUUACCCUAGGAAGGGGCAGCGCGACCGUGGUCCUCCCAUCAAAAAACGAUGUUACGCGGGCGCUGGCCUGCGACCUCGAGGAGGUCAAAGGCAGGAAGGUGCGCGUGCGACGGGCAGAAGACUAAGUUUGUAUGAAGCCUAGGGCGCGCACCGCUUUGGGUCGCGCGGGAACAGGGACGCCCUC